AUGAUCAAUAUUCUGCCUAUAUGGACAUUGGUUGCAUUUAUAACAGUAAAUAUUUUGACUCUCGACGGUAUUAAAUGCACUGUGAAUUGGAAUGGAAAUUGGGCAUUCGCAUGUGAUUUUCAUGGAAACGAUAUGUAUAGCGUUCGAAGUUCAGGAGAGCAUUGCGGUGGAAAAUGUGCUAACACUCAUGGAUGUACUCAUUUUGCAUGGACUCUGUACAAUGGUGGUACGUGUUGGCUGAAAUCAGGUCAUGUUUCAAAAAGUGAUGCUUUCCCAACUGGUCGACAUGAUAUGGUCUGUGGCGUUAAGGAUAGUCCAACUCCACCCGUCUUUGACAAAGGUAAUAUCCUUCAUGGUGUUUUGGCAACACGCCAUGGCGCUCAUGAAGCUGGUGCUUGUGCACUUCCAGCAUCAAAUUAUGCUGUUAUCAAUUCAGUUGCUCUAGGAAGUAUUGGAUCUUUGCAAUAUAUCAAGUUUCGACCAGAUUUAUGUGGUCAUGUUUUGAAAGUAGACUGUGGUAAUGGGCCAUUGGAUAUUAUUAUUACAAACUCCAACUAUGGAGGAGGACUUGACUUAUAUGGUUCUACUUGGGGCAUGCUUACUAACAACAAACCACCUGGAGAAACCCACUGUAGUGCUCAAUUGACUGAACGUAACGCUUUCAACUUUCAUGGACCUCGUUGCUUUUACAAGCCUGGAACAGAUUAUGGUAAUGCCUAUUACCAUAAUGUUGGACUUUUGAAUACAGGAGGACGAAUUGUUACUGGAGCUACUAUUGAUAAUCGAGCAGGAGAGCAUCGCGGCGAUAAUCCUUACUAUGCAUUCGACUUCGGUCCAAUUGACAAGAACAAACAAGUCGUCUUCACUUUUAAUAAAGGACCUCCUCAAUUCGUUGCUCUGCGAGAUUGUGAAUACACAGGAAGUGAACAAAUGUGGCGUUAA